AUGACGAGGUUCACAUCCCGCAGAGGACCUCCCAAGCGCACCAGAACCGACUAUGGAACCAACAUGAUUGGAGCGAACACAGAACUUCAGGCGGCGGUGAGGAAGUGGAACAGCAGUGACAAUGUUAGGAACACACUCUUGCAGAGGCAUAUAGAAUGGGAGUUCACCCCUCCGACUGCCUCUCACAUGGGUGGAGUAUUGGAGGGUCAGAUCCGCACGGUGAAGAAGGUUCUUCAGGGGGUGAUGGGCACACAGGUACUAGAUGACGAGCGACUCAACACACUGUUCUGCGCCGUGGAAGAGAUCGUCAAUGGGAGGCCCAUCACCCCAGUAUCCGACGACCCGAGAGACAUAGAUGCACUCACGCCGCUUCACCUACUGCGAAUGCAUGCGGGAGCCCUGUCCACUCGAGGCGAUCAGUCCAUAGCAAAAGCGUACCGACGAAAAUGGAAGCAUGCCCAAUUCAUUGCAGACUAA